CCGACCACUUUUGCUCACCAGACAGUCCACCGUCUGCGGUCGAGGACAUUGAUCUAGGAGAACGUGAUUCAGACGGCAGCAGUUCUUCUUCGCUACCACCGAAAAUGAUGCUCAGGUACUCGGACGGACGAGGGGAUAUUCCCAUCUCUCACUGGCACUAUGACGGCCAGCAUUACCCACAGAAGCAGUCGCUCUAUCGCGGUCCUGCACCGCGCUCGCGCCCCCAAACACCCCACCGCUACUCCCAUGACCGCUCGAGAUCUGUCGCUGGUCAUCGCCCGGUGACCCCAGGUCACCACUAUCAUGGACACGAUGGCUACCACCACUCAGAAAAGUUCGGUCAACCCAUCUCUCCAGAAGACCCGGACUAUGAGUCGGCACCAGAGGAUAUCCAAGUCCUCCCUGCAGACCCGAAUGCCAAACCACAGCGCGUCACUGGCUCUUACAGACCCAGACGUUCGUCAGAGCCAUUCCGUGCUCGCUCGCAGUCGCAGCCAAGUCGGGAUUCAGAUGUAUACGACAGCCCCCCUCCUCGCUAUGUUUCCAAUACUUUGAACGUCCCCGCGGUCACGUAUUCACAUUCACAACGUAUCCAUGAUCCAUAUGAUCACCACCACCCCAGUCACUCUCAUUCACGUGGUAACCGACCACCUCCAUCGAUCGUUUACGCCCCUGGCAAUAAUCGCAACACCGAUCACUAUGCUCCGCCUACGAUCGUCUAUGCAUCACACAAAGCCCCCGGAAUGAACCACGCUGUGUCUUCGCCAGCUGGCUCCGGGUUCCCUCAAUACCCCCGUAUUGUGAAUGCGCCAUAUCCUCCGGUGCAUAACCAUCGUGUUCCAGUACAGGAAGAACAACGCUAUGGCCCGAAGGGUCCACGACCUAGAGAGGACAUCCCUCGUUCUCACACGCCGAUCAGUGAAGCCGCUAGUGGCGAAUCUGGCAGCACGUACUACGUCCUCCCAAGUGCAGGCCAGAAAGUGAAGGUCCUGGUCGGCCCCGAGCCUUCUCUAUACAACGGGAGUGCAUCCACUAAAUCGGUUUCCAUGCCUCGUACGCCUGACUCCGUAACGGGCCGUAUUCCAAGAAGGCCGCUAUUCAGCCGCAUUCUAAGCUUUGCCUCGGACUUGUCGAACUUGUCGAGAACCUCACGGUCAUCUAGGAAAAAUUUAUACCGCAGACAUUCGGUUGAUAUCUCAACGCGUUCACAGUCCCGCGAUCGCCGGUGAUUACUUAUGCCGUAUGCCCUAUAAACCGUUUCUUAUCUUUUUCAUGCUCACUGCCGAGGACUGUAGCUCUAACUCUUGGUCAUCUUCUAUCAUUUCUGGCGCUCAUAGAUACGGCAACUAGGUUCUUAUGCACUAUACAUGAAUUCAUGUAUCGUCUUUUUCAGGUACAUUAUGCUCAGGAUUUUCUUUCUGGUGUUAUUCCUCGGGCUUUACGCUACUUGUAUCGCUCACAUUCGCUCCAAUUUCGCCUUGCGCCCUUCCCAGUAACUUAUGCUGCUUCCUUAGGCUUCCUUGCCUUAUCGAUUUUAGCUCGCGUGUAUCGUUGACGUACGAGUUCCGUCCAAAUGUCAUGUGGUGCCAUCACCUGAUCGUCACCUGGCAACUGAGUGAAGCGCCUGGUCGCUGGACCCGUUGACCCCAUCCGAACUAAGUACACAUUUUAAUGCGAG